AUGUGUUUUUACUACAGCAUAACAGAAAAUUUCACUGAAAGUGCUGAUGUUGUUAUGUACCCACCUUCACCAGCAUACGCUGAUCUCGGUCAACCUCUAACAUUGAUGUGCAAGACAAAUAUAACUGAUCUAUGGAAAAGUACUUCAAUUUACGACGAAACAAAUUCUAAUGGAGUCCCUAAUGUCUUAUAUUUUGAAAAAGCGGUUGAUGAUUGGUUACUAGCUGAGAAAGAAAGGAAAGUGAGACAUAAAGAUAGAUUUUGUGUGCAUGCAAGAGAGAGAGAGGGAGAUAGAAAGAAUGGAUAUUUUACAUACAAAUCUGUAUUAUUUAAGUCAUCACUCUUUAUAUACAAUUUAACAUAUAUUGUAGAAAAAAAUGAGGUUCCGUCGUCUAAUACAAUUCUUAUCACGGCGAAUCCUACAGGACCAAUUAAUUCUGGAGAUACAUUACAUGUGACUUGCUCUUUAUCUGGUGGGAAUCCAUUAGCAAUUCUUACUUGGAAUUGUAGUGGGACUGCUAUCAACAAAUCUUCAGAAAAAUCCGCUUUUCUGGAUAUCGCAUUAACAGUUGGACAACAGGACGAUGGAACAAUCUGUACAUGUUUUGCCAGCCAUCGUAUUGCGUCGUACAACGCUACAGCGGAAAAGGUUAUUAGCCUAAAAGUGUAUUUUCAUCCCGAGGUUACACCGACAAUUACACAAGUUCCAGAGGGAAAUAUCGAUACUGGAGACCUUGUUCUUCUGAAUUGUACUCUGAACGGAGGAAACCCUGUUGUCACUUUAUCAUGGAACUGUAGUGGUAACAAUCACGUGACAAUUUCAGGGAACACCGUAGUUAAUACAAUUGAAUUCAAUGUUAACAGCUCUUACCAUAAUACAGUAUGUACUUGUCUAGCGUCACAAGAUACAAUCGAUAGUUAUUCUGAUAGUGCCAGUCAUAUGUUGAACGUUAUCUAUCCACCAGAAAGUAAUCCUACAAUACAUCAAGCGACACCUGGUCCAGUUGAUUCAGGGAGCUCCGUAUCACUGAUCUACUCACUUUCCGGAGGCAAUCCCUUGGCUUCCCUUACCUGGGAUUGUAAAGGGAUUACACAAAAUUCAUCUUCUAACACUAAAACGGAGUAUAUUGUCACAUUCACAGUCAACAAAACCUUUAAUGGAAGAGUUUGCACCUGCUUUGCUACACAUCCUAUUGAUUCGUACAGACCGAAUGUACAACAUCAGUUGGCUGUGUAUUAUGCGCCUGGUGAACCAGCUUUACGUUUAGGAGAAGAAUUUCCGUGGUUUGAAGGGAACACAGUAAUAGUUAAUUGUUUAGCUGAUGUUGGGAACCCGGAGCCAGUUUACAAAUGGAUGAUAGGCAAACAGACACAGAUGCAAAACAAUUCCCGUCUACAAAUCGAACCACUGUCUAAGACACACAAUGACCAGGAAAUUAAGUGCUCUGUCAAUAACGAUUUCACGUUAAGAAACAACAUCAUAUUGCAACCAGCAUUUUUGAAACUUAACGUUGAAUAUAACACCAGUGUAACUGAAGUGGAUAUUUUAAAUGGUUUAACAUUUCCUGAAAAUGUAACAGCUAUAUUGCGAUGUCAGGUAACUGGAAAUCCACUACCGAAUGUUACUUGGUAUUUCAUAUCAGAUGAAACAAAACAAAUUCUGCAGAGAGAAGACCGGAUUGUCGUAAGCAGUUAUAUUAUUAACACAACUAGUUGUCUGCAUACAGGAACAUACGAAUGUGCAACUGAAAAUACAGUAAAUGGAUUGAAAAUAACCGAUAGUAAACAGACUGACCUGAAAGUUACUUGUUCGCCACGUUUAGAUAAUCGGUACAGAGAAAUUCCAGCAACAGUUACCACUGAAAUUGGCAAUGAUUUGAAUCUAACCGUAUUUCUUGUUGCUAAUCCACCACCCAGAAUUCCAACACCGCCUGUACAUAUUAAUAUUAUUUGUAAGACAAAGUCUCUACACGUGUUAUGGGUGUCUGAAUUCAAUGGAGGACGGGAACAAACAUUCUUUGUUGAGUAUUGGAUAUCAUUACAGCUAAACAACAAAUCUAGAUCGGGAGCAGUAAUGGAUUUAGGUGAAUCAACGACUAUCAAAUAUGACGUUAAAGGAUUAUUGCCAAGAACAAAUUACAGCGUUCGCAUCUUAGCAUCGAAUGCAAAUGGUAUAUCUGUAUCAGAAAAGGUUGAGUGCAUAACUGAUUUGGAAAUAUUUACAGUAAAGAUCAACACCAUACAACUGGAAGGAAACAAUGAUACAGUGUAUGCUGGUAUUGCAAUGCUUACAGGAGGAGUAAUUUUAAGUGUAGUUAUCGCUUUAGCAUUCCUUAUCCGUUUUAGAAGAAACUCAAAACAAUCUGUGUAA